GUCUUCAUUUUACGAAUUGAUUUUCGUUUCAAAAUAUUAAAAAGGUUCCUGGAAUUUGAAAUAUCUGUGAAAUUACUGAUUAUACAAGUUUAUUUUCAAUCAGAAGUUAAAUUAAACAGCAAUGUCGACCCAAAGCAAACAUGAAAAGAAAGGAUUGAUGGACUAUCUUCCAACUUACAGGUUUUCUCAACCGGCUCAUCUUGCGGCAGCAUCGUCUGCAAUUGUUGCUAUGUCGGUAUAUUACAACAGAAAAGGAUCCGUUAGACUUGAUUAUCCUUCCACUGCCCUAUCAGUCACUCACCUAUUGACAACUGGAGGAUGGUUUGGAACCCAAAUCUGGGUAACAUUCGUCGCGGGAUUGACUAUGUUCCAUAAUCUACCCAGGCAUUUAUUCGGCGAUGUUCAAUCAAGACUUUUCCCUAAGUAUUUUUCUUUUGGAGUGUUGAGCAAUGCAGUUUGCAUAUGCACAUACUUCUUACAUCAUUCGAUAAAUAAUCUGGAAACCAGAGGUUUUAUCCAGAUUUCUGCCAUGGGUUUAUCGCUGCUAUCAAACUGUGCAAAUCUUCUUUACUUCCUACCCGCUACUCGUGAAGUGGCCCUGAGAAAAAAUAAGAUUGAGAAAGAAUAUGGAUUAGAUACGCACGUUGGACCUGUUUCACAAACACAAUUUGACGAGUUGUUUCAAAAAGAACCUGAUUUUAAGAAGCAUUAUAAAACAUUUAUGAGAUAUCAUGGCUAUUCUGCCCUAUUGAACAUUGUUUCCUUGGUUGGAAGUGUUGUUCACUUAUACUGUCUUGCUGGUAACUUAAGCAGCUUUUGAACAAGAUUCGGGUGGAAAUUACCUUAGUAUUUACCUUUACAGAGGAGUCUUAAGUUAUCAACCUAUAGAUUUAAACAACGAUUGUUCACAGUUUUACGAAUUUUCUAAUAGUUGUAGUGCAUUCAGAGACUAUGAAAAGCUUAACAUUAAUAAAUAUAUUGUGAGUUUGUGAAAAAGAAACUAUGUCUUUAGUUUUUUUUUGCUAUAAUUAUCAAAAUUUUCUUAGUUUCGGUUUUUUCAACUUUCAUCUUUUAUUCAAAACUUUAAGUUUUACAAUCAUUUCCAGGUCCUUACUCUAUUAGCCAUUUCUCCUUGAAGUUGAGGACUCUCUUGACUUUUCACAAUCGUAAAACAGACGAUAGGUAAGAGAAAGAGAGCCCAUUCUUUCAGAAUGAAUCGGGAAAGAAGUAAUAAUAUAAGCCAGUGAUGACAUAGGCUAUAAAGAUUUAUAGGAAAAAUAUGAAGUCAAAAUGUUUUUAAUAGUGAUGAUUGGCUACAUUUAGUUAUUUUUUGAAAAUUUUUUUUCUUUCCCUUUUCAGUUGCGUUUUAAGGUCUUUAACUUUGAUAAGUUAUAUAAUAUGAGAUAGACAAAUACAUUUUUGAUGAAAACUGAGUGUAUUGUGUUUUCUUAGUUCCUACUGACAUUUCGCUCUUUCUCAUAACAAAAUUUUAACAAUAGUCAUUCAACUAGGCCUCUAGUAGACCUGGACGGUUGCCCUUUCUAUUAUUUCUUUCACCAGGAAACGAGCUUCGCUCUCUAGACUUGUAACCAUCAUGCAGUUUUCUCCUCCUUAUAACAGGUCUCAUUAAAUAAUCUUCAUAGCUAGAGGAGGAAAUAUGGUCUCCUUGUUCAAGCAUUGAAUUGAUUAAAGUAAACUGCAUAUUUAAAUUGACAUCGUUCUUUUCUUCUAAACCACUUUUCAAACUAUUUAUAAUUGAUUCAAACACUUUUCCAUUCUUUCUAUAAGAUUCGGGUAAGUCCUCCAUCAGAAUACACGAUUUAAUCGAGGCUAAGCAAUCUUCAAACCUGCCUAGUUCAAUGUUAACUUUUAGUUUCGUAUUAACGUAUGCAAGUGGCGUUCUUCGACCCUCAUUAACAAUUUGCAUUGAUAAAAUUUCUAAUGCAGUUUCUGGCGAACCUUGCAAAAGAGCUAGCUCGGCUGCAUAAACCAAUGAUCUUAUAGAAACUGAUGAUCCCAAUUUUUUAGACUCUCGCAAUAUGGAUAAUAAAACUUUGAAAGCUUGGGGUGUGUUUAAUUUCAAACAAGCAGCUGCAGCUAUUGUCACACAAUCCAUAGGAUAUUUAACUCCAUUUAAAUUCUUAUCUGCUAUUAUUUGCAGUGCCUUUAGACAAUCUUCAUAAAGUUUACUAUUGAAUAGCAAAUCCAUAAGAAUUACAAAGCUAGACAUUUGAUCGAAGAAACCAUUCAAAUUUUUAUCAUUAAACAAUUCCCAAGCAAAUUGUGGAUUAUUUAGUACGUGAGCUAAUCUCAUUACAAUUGGCCCAAAAUGAAAAGUGCUAAAUCUUAAUUCUUCCGAUUGUUUAUGAUAUUUAUUAAUCAUUAUUUUCGUCAAUUCUAAGUCAUCUACUCCUUUUGCUGCAUAUACUAUUGUUUUUAGGUCAUCAGUGAAGAUAGUUUGUUCAUUUUCAGACUUUAGAUACUCUCGCAUUCUGUCCCCAAAUUUGGUUUGAAGGUCUCCAAGACGAUGUAGCGUUUGGUCUCUAUGGCGCAAAUAAUUUUCCAAUCCAAGUAUUUCACCAGAAAAUAGAUAACGUUUGCUUGAAUUGCUAACAAAAUUUGUGUUCAAACUAGCAUUAAGAAGACUAAAUUUGCUUGCCGCAGACCGCAAAAAAUUCACGUGCUUCAUAGCGGUGGCCAUUUUAAACGAAAUAGUCCAGCGCUUCAAGGAGAGUUUGAAAAUUCAAAUUUUCGUUACUUUUAUAUUUACGAAAGAAGAAAAA